GAAUGUUUAAAUUUCAUCAAAUAAAACAAACUUUUCAAAUACUGGAUAAAAUGAGAUGCUUGCGAAAACGUUCUACAGUUUCAUUCUUGGGAGUUCUUGUCAUUUUCCUCCUAUUUAUGAACUUGUACAUUGAAGAUAGUUAUGUUCUGGAAGGCGACAAGCAACUAAUAAGGGAAACAUCCACACAUCAACUGAAUUCAGAACGUUAUGUUCACACAUUCAAGGAUUUAUCCAAUUUCUCAGGAGCCAUAAAUGUCACCUAUCGCUACCUAGCUGCCACACCCUUACAGAGAAGGCGUUACCUAACAAUUGGACUUUCAUCAGUGAAACGAAAAAAAGGAAGUUAUUUACUUGAGACAAUCAAAUCCAUUUUUGAGCAGUCCAGCUAUGAAGAACUGAAGGAAAUGUCAGUGGUGGUUCAUCUAGCAGAUUUUAAUUCAUCUUGGCGUGAUGUGAUGGUCCAGGAUAUUACACAGAAAUUUGCUCAUCAUAUUAUUGCAGGAAGAUUAAUGGUUAUACACGCUCCCGAGGAAUAUUACCCAGUUUUGGAUGGUCUUAAAAGAAACUAUAAUGAUCCAGAAGAUAGAGUUAGGUUUCGUUCCAAACAAAAUGUAGAUUAUGCUUUUCUGCUUAACUUUUGUGCCAAUACGUCAGACUAUUAUGUGAUGCUUGAAGAUGAUGUCCGAUGUUCCAAAAAUUUCUUAACUGCUAUCAAGAAAGUAAUUACAUCUUUAGAAGGAACUUACUGGGUAACCCUUGAGUUUUCUAAGCUUGGCUACAUUGGUAAACUCUAUCAUUCUCAUGAUCUUCCACGCUUGGCACAUUUUUUAUUAAUGUUUUAUCAAGAAAUGCCUUGUGACUGGCUAUUGACUCAUUUCCGGGGACUACUUGCUCAGAAAAAUGUAAUCCGAUUUAAGCCAUCUCUUUUUCAGCACAUGGGUUAUUACUCGUCCUACAAAGGAGCUGAGAAUAAAUUGAAGGACGAUGACUUUGAAGAGGAAUCCUUCGACAUCCCUGACAAUCCCCCUGCAAGUCUGUACACCAACAUGAAUGUGUUUGAGAAUUAUGAAGCAAGCAAGGCCUAUAGCAGCGUUGAUGAGUACUUCUGGGGCAAGCCACCUUCAAGAGGAGACACCUUUGUUAUUGUAUUUCAACAUCCCAUUGUAAUCAAAAAAAUUAAAGUGAAUACUGGAAGUGAAGAUCGACAAAAUGACAUUUUGCAUCACGGAGCCCUAGAUGUUGGGGAGAAAAAGAUGGGCGGCAAACAUCUAAGACAAUGUAAUUCUUACUUAAGACUAGGGGAGUUCAAAAAUGGAAACUUUGAAAUGUCAGAGGUAAAUCAGAAAAUCCCAUUUGACAUACACUGUAUGAGGAUAUUUGUUACCGAAACGCAGAAGGAAUGGCUAAUUAUUAGAAGCAUUAGCAUUUGGACUCCCUAGUCAAUUAAAUUAGUAU